ACAAAAGGGAGGGAGCGAGCAGCAGCGGGAGCCGGGCUGGGGGGGAUGCGAGCAACCAUGAAAGGCUGGGUCUCCGCCUCCUCCUCCGCUGCUGCCAGAGAGCUGCCGGCUGCUGCCGCCGCUGCUGCUGCUCGGAGGACUACACUGUGAAGGGGGCGGAGGAGAGGCUGGCUGGGUUUGCCGGGCGAAGGUAGAAGGUGUAAAGGGAGAGGCGAGGAGGAAAAUGUCUUCUUCGGUGGGGCCCCGCGGCCCUCGCCCACCCACGGUGCCCCCCCCGAUGCAGGAGCUGCCCGACCUCAGCCACCUGACGGAGGAGGAGAGGAACAUUAUUAUGGCCGUGAUGGACCGGCAGAAAGAAGAGGAAGAGAAAGAAGAGGCCAUGCUCAAGAGGUUGCAUCAACAAUUUGAAAGCUAUAAAGAGCAAGUAAGAAAGAUAGGGGAAGAAGCCCGCCGUUACCAGGGAGAGCACAAGGAUGAUGCUCCAACAUGUGGAAUCUGUCAUAAAACAAAGUUUGCAGAUGGUUGUGGCCAUUUAUGCUCUUAUUGCCGGACCAAGUUUUGUGCUCGAUGUGGAGGUCGUGUCUCCCUGCGAUCAAACAAUGUUAUGUGGGUAUGCAAUUUAUGUCGAAAGCAACAAGAAAUCCUAACAAAAUCUGGAGCGUGGUUUUUUGGAAGUGGACCGCAGCCGUCACCCAGCCAGGACGGAACACUGAGUGACACAGCGACUGGUGCGAGUUCUGAUGUACCGAGAGAAAAGAAAGCAAGGCUUCAAGAGAGGUCGAGGUCACAGACUCCUUUAAGCACAGCAACUGCCUCACCACAGGAGAUCACUCCUUCCAGCGUGCAGUCUGACCGGAGGAAAGGAGCAGAAGUGUCGCAGCCAGCUAUGGGCCUGGACCAAAAGCAAGUUUCAUCAAGGUCUAGAAGUGAGCCUCCAAGAGAGAGGAAGAAAACGUUAUUGGCUUCAGACCAGAAUGGCAAGGGUGUAAAGAGUGAGCGUAAGCGUGUGCCAAAAUCCUCAGUUCAAAAAGAAGGACCAGCAGAUGACAGGGAACGUAAAGAAAGGCACGAAAGUAGAAGGCUGGAGAAAGGGAAGUCACAGGACUAUCCAGACUUGCCAGAAAAACUUGAGGAAGGCAAAGUGCCUGAUGAUGAAAAACAAAGGAAGGAAGAUGAAUAUCAUACUCGAUACAGGAGUGACCCCAAUCUGGCAAGAUAUCCUGUAAAACCCCAUCCGGAGGAACAGCAGAUGCGCAUGCAUGCCAAAGUUUCUAAAGCACGGCAUGAGAGAAGACACAGCGAUGUAGCUUUGCCACACACAGAAAUGGAGGAAGCGGAGGUACCUGAGAAUAACUUAGGAAAACGCUCACAAUUACAGGGAACUCAGGACAGAAAAUCUCUUGUGGAAACUCAGAGGUCGUACUCUAUAGACAGAACAGGUGAUGUAAGAAUUUCUGUUUCUAAACAAUUAACUAAUCAUAGUCCACCAACUCCCAGGCAUAGUCCAGUUCCUAUAGAACACGUAGAGUACAAGAACCACGAUUCCUUUAAAAAACAGAGCCGCCUUGAUCCUAGCUCUGCUAUUCUCAUGCGAAAAGCAAAGCGGGAGAAAAUGGAGACCAUGCUAAGGAAUGAUUCCCUUAGCUCUGACCAGUCGGAAUCAGUGCGGCCAUCCCCUCCAAAGCCUCAUAGAGCAAAAAGAGGCGGAAAGAAAAGGCAGAUGUCAGUUAGUAGCUCAGAGGAAGAAGGGGCAUCAACACCAGAAUAUACUAGCUGUGAAGAUGUGGAGAUAGAAAGUGAAAGUGUCAGUGAAAAAGGUGACUUGGAUUAUUACUGGCUGGAUCCUGCCACGUGGCACAGCAGGGAGACAUCCCCUAUUAGUUCGCAUCCAGUAACGUGGCAGCCUUCUAAAGAGGGAGAUCGCUUAAUUGGGCGUGUUAUUCUUAACAAGAGAACAACCAUGCCAAAAGAAUCAGGUGCAUUACUGGGACUAAAAGUUGUUGGAGGAAAAAUGACAGAAUUAGGACGACUUGGUGCCUUCAUUACCAAAGUGAAAAAAGGUAGCUUGGCCGAUGUGGUGGGGCAUCUCAGAGCAGGGGAUGAAGUUCUAGAAUGGAAUGGCAAACCCUUGCCUGGAGCUACAAAUGAAGAAGUUUACAACAUUAUUUUGGAAUCAAAGUCAGAACCUCAAGUUGAAAUUAUUGUUUCAAGGCCUAUUGGUGAUAUUCCACGGAUUCCUGAGAGUUCUCAUCCCCCGUUAGAGUCCAGUUCAAGUUCUUUUGAAUCUCAGAAGAUGGAAAGGCCUUCUAUUUCUGUUAUAUCUCCAACCAGCCCUGGAGCCCUAAGGGAUGCACCACAAGUCCUACCGGGACAGCUUUCUGUGAAACUGUGGUAUGACAAAGUGGGACAUCAGUUAAUAGUAAAUGUUCUGCAAGCAAUGGAUUUACCACCAAGAGUAGAUGGACGUCCCAGGAACCCCUAUGUAAAAAUGUAUUUUCUUCCAGACAGAAGUGAUAAGAGUAAAAGGAGGACCAAAACAGUAAAGAAAAGUCUAGAGCCAAAAUGGAACCAAACUUUUCUCUACUCGCAUGUACAUCGUAGAGAUUUUAGAGAACGAAUGCUUGAAAUAACAGUAUGGGAUCAGCCAAGAGUACAAGAAGAGGAGAGUGAAUUUCUUGGAGAGAUUCUUAUAGAGCUGGAGACAGCACUUUUAGAUGAUGAACCACAUUGGUAUAAGCUACAAACACAUGAUGAAUCUUCACUACCUCUGCCUCAGCCAUCACCUUUCAUGCCAAGAAGACAUGUACAUGGUGGAGAAAGCUCUAGCAAAAAAUUACAAAGAUCUCGGCCAAUCAGUGAUAGUGACAUCUCAGAUUAUGAUGUUGAUGAUGGUAUUGGAGUUGUUCCUCCAGUAGCUUAUAGAUCUAGUACUAGAGAAAGUAAAUCUACAACGCUAACUGUGCCAGAACAGCAAAGAACAACACAUCAUCGUUCACGUUCCGUAUCUCCUCACCGUGGCGAAGAUCAGGGCAGGACCCGUUCACGUUUACCAAAUGUGCCAUUACAGAGGAGUUUAGAUGAAAUCCAUCAAAUGAGAAGAUCACGUUCUCCAACUAGACACCAUGAUGCCUCCAGAAGUCCAGCUGAUUACAGAUCCAGAGACAUGGAUAGUCAGUAUUUGUCUGAUCAAGAAAGUGAGCUUCUUAUGCUGCCCAGAGCAAAACGAGGAAGAAGUGCAGAGUGCCUACAUACCAUCAGCUCAACUCUUCCUGCAUGUGCUAAGACCAAAUCAGUGAUUAGACAGGAUAUUUCUCUCCUUCGUGAUUGCCUUAAUUCACGAAUACCGAAAUUUGGAGAUGACCUCCUGGUUAGUGAACUACAGCCCUCCCUUGACAGGGCUAGGAGUGCUAGUACCAACUGCUUGAGACCAGAUACUAGUUUGCAUUCACCAGAACGAGAAAGGGGUAGAUGGUCCCCCUCCCUAGAGAGGAGACGACCUACUAGUCCCAGGAUUCAUAUCGAGCAUGCAUCUCCGGAGGAUGACAGAACAAGGACGCUGGAGUCUUGCAUUCCAAAACAGGACAGUGUAGACCACCUAAGUGCUAAACCUGGAGCAGCACAGAGGCAGUCCAGAAAAGUGGAAAGAUAUAGCAGCCAAAAACAAACUAGGAAAGGCUCCACAACUGAAACAGAAAGAAUACAUCAACAAGGAAGUCCUACACAGUCUCCUCCUGCAGACACGUCCUUCAGCAGUCGCAGGGGAAGACAGCUACCGCAAGUUCCAGUAAGAAGUGGCAGUAUAGAGCAAGCAAGCUUAGUAGUGGAGGAGCGAACGAGACAGAUGAAAAUGAAAGUGCACCGUUAUAAUCAGACAUCAGGGUCUGGUUCUAGUCAAGAACAUGAGCGUGAGCAAUAUACCAAGUAUAACAUACAAACAGAUCAGUACAGAAGUUGUGAUAACGUCUCUGCCAAAUCAUCAGAUAGUGAUGUCAGUGAUGUGUCAGCCAUUUCCCGAACCAGCAGUGCCUCACGCCUCAGCAGCACAAGUUUUAUGUCAGAGCAAUCUGAACGCCCUCGGGGCAGAAUCAGUACAUUUACUCCUAAAAUGCAAGGCAGACGGAUGGGAACUUCAGGGAGAAUCACUAAGAGCACAAGUGUGAGCGGAGAGAUGUAUAAGCUGGAGCACAAUGAUGGGAGUCAGUCGGACACGGCUGUCGGCACGGUUGGAACAGGUGGGAAGAAAAGGCGUUCCAGCCUUAGUGCCAAAGUGGUUGCCAUAGUGUCUCGAAGGAGCAGAAGCACAUCUCAACUUAGCCAAACAGAGGCUGGCAACAAGAAAUUAAAGAGCACGAUACAGAGAAGCACAGAGACAGGAAUGGCAGCAGAGAUGAGAAGUCGUAUGGUUCGACAACCAAGUCGAGAAUCCACUGAUGGUAGCAUAAAUAGUUACAGCUCUGAGGGCAACUUAAUAUUUCCUGGAGUACGGCUGGGUGCUGACAGUCAGUUUAGUGAUUUCCUUGAUGGACUUGGACCUGCACAGUUAGUAGGCCGGCAAACGCUAGCAACCCCUGCCAUGGGUGAUAUCCAGAUUGGCAUGGUGGAUAAAAAGGGUCAGUUAGAAGUAGAAGUCAUAAGAGCCCGUGGCCUCACGCAAAAACCUGGCUCCAAAUCUACCCCAGCUCCAUAUGUCAAAGUGUAUUUAUUGGAAAAUGGAGCAUGUAUAGCUAAGAAGAAGACAAGGAUUGCACGGAAGACCCUUGAUCCUUUGUACCAACAGACACUGGUUUUUGAUGAAAGCCCACAGGGUAAAGUCCUUCAGGUAAUAGUUUGGGGAGACUAUGGCCGAAUGGAUCACAAAUGCUUCAUGGGAGUUGCGCAGAUCCUUCUGGAGGAACUGGAUCUGUCCAGUGUGGUAAUAGGCUGGUAUAAAUUAUUUCCACCUUCAUCACUAGUGGAUCCAACCUUGACUCCCCUGACACGCAGGGCCUCCCAGUCAUCUCUGGAAAGCUCAACUGGGCCUCCCUGCAUUAGGUCAUAGUAGCAGGUGCUGUCUAAUAAGAACACCACCCAGGAUAACGAUUGGAACCAGAUACUCACACGAUCAAAAAACGCUGUUGGAGAGAGACAAUCACUUCUGUUUUUGCUUGUAGUAGUUAUCCAAAAAUAUGUCUGAGUUGUUUGUUGAGAGACAGCUUACAUUGACAGAACAAAAAUAUAUCACGUAUGGCCAAUCUAUUAGCAACUAUCACUGAUGCUUAUAUUGAUCCAAAAACAAACAAACAAAGAGAAAGAGGGACCUUUAGAUUCAAAUUAAGUCAAAUAUGAGCCAAACUGGAAGCUCUCACUCUGUUAACAAUGUUGUAUUUCUUCACCUUUUGACAGAGCCCUCAAGCAGUGUUAACUUCCUGGUGUUUCAGCAGUUUUUCUGUACUUGUUACUUCCACUAGUUUUUUGCCAUGUGAUUCUGCUAGUUUUGUAGAAGUCCUCACAACGCUAACAGAGACCCUUCCUUUCUUUUUCUAAACCAAACAAAAUAAACCAAAAGGGCUGAAGCAUAUCUCUGUAAGCAUCGUUAAAGUGUUCAACAGCCACAGUUACAAUUCCAGCAAGUUCAAAUCGUUUCUCGGUUCUGGUGCUUCAAAGUCUCUCAUGUGGGAACCCAGAACAAAUGACCGAUCGAGGUUAUAUUCUUAAAAAUAACUAAUCAUCACAGUGCCACUUUUUCUUUGUAAAAUAAAAGCAGAUAUGUUUGCAUUAUAUAUAAUAACUUUUAUGUUUAUGAUGUUUUGCAUGGAAGAAUUUUGAAGAAUUCUGCAACUAAUGCUGGGGACUGGUAUAAAGCAGCUUUAGUCUUAAUUUUUGACAUUGAAUAUGUUACUGGUAAUGCAGUUUUCCUCCUAGAAAUGGAGAGGAAAUAUUUACGUUUCUGUGUAUAAAUGUAUAUUUGACUUCCCAAAAUGUUGACCAGGAAUGGAUUGAGCAUAUGACACUUUCAGCUGUACCCGGGCUUCUCUGAUGUGUGUCGCUUCAGACGCACUUGUCUGCCCUGGAUAGAGCAUGGUAUGAGUUGUUCAGUGUUUCACUGGAAAUUCCAGUUGAAAUAUUCUGCACUUACUAAUGUUUUUAUCAAAUUUUAGUUUACAUUUCUUUGAGAUUGAUGCAAGCACAAAGCUUGAUUUUUUAACGCAAGAUAUCUUACUUUUUGGAGAAAAAAAAAAGUCAAAAUUCAAUUUGCUUUUUAUUCAUUUGAGUUCUUCUUGGCCUUGAAAUCCCUUGUGAUAUUCUGUAAAUGUGCUAAAAACUGCAGAUUCUGCAGGUGCAUUGACAUGUUUCCCCUCCUUUUACAGGCCAUUCAAUUUUGUGAUCACACAAAUAGAGCAGCAUGACUUGGAACUGUUCAAAGCUGCAUGCACGUUUUGUAAAAAGAGAUGAAAAAGGUUAUUUAAUAAUGUAUGUUAGUUCCACAUAGGCCAGCUUGUAUGUUGCAUGUACUUGUACAGUUUGCUCGUAAUUACUAUACUGAAGUAACCAAGAAAUCUAAGCCAUCCAUUUUUCUUAUAGACAUUUUGCAGGUUUUAGCCAGGCUAGGUCUGUGAGUCUGGUGCUAAAUGUCUAUAGAUGGACUUUAUUUUUUACCCUAUGGAAAACGUGAUGUAGUACGGACCAAAUUCCUUCUAAUAAAUAUUUUGGUGUAGAUUCCUACUGUGGGGCUGUAACACAUGUAGAAACUGUGUACACACUAGGUUUUAAUUCAUAGACAUACUGCCUGCACCAAGUGAACUAUUUAUUAUUACUCAACACGUCAGAAUUACUCUGCCCAUCUUUCCGUAGGGCGCAGAUUAAUUACUGCUCGACCUGCUGAGCAGGAAGAACUCAAGUAUUGGUGCACUACUACUAGAUCCUGUUCUGUCUUAGUGGCCAAAAAACAACUAGUUAUAAUUCGAUAGCAUCUUUCUAUUUUGACCACUUGUCUUAACACUCCCCUGUGCUUUUAAAUGAACUUCCAACUCAUGUUAUGUAAACAUGUUUAAUAAAAUUUCCUUUUCAUGUCCAGUGUAGUAGUUGUGCUCUCUGUAUGUUCUGAGGUUCAUCUGUGAUUCUGCUCGCUGCAGGAUUGUGUGAAAUGUGUUAAGGAACAGUAAAAUGAUAAGUGAUUUCUAUGGUUCUUUUGAUCGAUGUAAUAAUAGUGUAUGUUGAAAUCUGGGGCCAGAAACUGAGGUCUGGUGAAAGUCGUGUUUGGUUGGCUGCCUUUUCACCGUGGAAGGAGCCAAAUUGUGCUCUCAUUCAUUGAAGCAGGCAAAAUGAAGUCAGUUAGCCAAAUUACAAUCUGGUGAAAUCCAGUCAG